AUGGCAGAUGAAAUGCGUGCAGCAGGAGAUCAGCGGGAUGCACGGAUCCGUUUUUAUUUCCGCAGUGCAGCAGAUAAAGAUCCGUCUGAAGACAUGUCACCAGUAGCAGCAACAUUGGCUGCACCAGACCGGUUGUCAGUGUCAUUUAAAAAGGGCACUGUACGUAUGGUGAUUUCAGCAGAGCAUAUUAUCUCAGUCGUAUUUCUUCGGCGUGAGGGAAGAAUUGUGAUUGAGACAGAUGGAUGGGCAGUGUUUGAGGAAUUUGUAUCAAACGGGGCAUCUCAGCCGGUAUUUAAGCAGACAAAUGCAGACCCAACAAAUGGGGAGCUUUGGAGGGCAAAAAAGAUUGAAGCGUGGCUUAACCGUACAGCACCGCUUACGGAGCCUAAAUGGACCAAAGGGAAUCUUCGGGAUCAUAUUGAUGGAGUGUCUAAAUUUCACGGCCUUUUGCAUGUUUUAGACGCGGAUCCGUGUCCUACAUUGCAGGGGAUUCUUGAGCAGUGGACACGUCUAUCGGCGAUAGGUAUGUAUGAGUGGGUAGAUGAGGCGAUGUAUAGUGGGGUGGGUAUGUGUGUUUUUGAUGGUAUAUUUGGGCAUAUUUGGGCAUAUCCAAGGCUUCAGUCGGAGCGGUUGUUAUUUCAGCGGUCGCGGCUGUGUAAACUAGAUAAGCUAUUGGAUAUUUUUUCAGGGCUUUUAAGACCCGACUCGGUGUUGACGGCGCCAACAAAUGCGAUAUUGAAUAUUAUCCGUACGAUAGGGUCGGGCGAAGUGGAGAUGAAUAAGGAGAUGUUAUUAGAAAAAGUUAAACAGGCGUUGUUUUUGAUUCCGGAACAUUUGAUUUUAAAAAGUUUGGAUGCAAUGUUUAAGAAGGAGCUUGAUGAUGCUGAGACGGAAAAUGUGUAUAACGACACGAAUAUAGACUCUGCAUAUGAGCGUCAAAGCUGA